UUAAUUGAAAGAAUUUUCCAUCCCUCCUUUUCCUCAAGACCCCCAUCUCUUGCUGGAACCCUACUCCCUUGAUCCCCUACUGUGUCUCUCCCUCGAAUUUUUACUCGCUUGCGUAAGCCGAAGAUUUGCCAUGGGGAACGCGGAGAAGCUGAUGAACCAGAUCAUGGAGCUGAAGUUCACGGCGAAGAGCCUUCAGCGGCAAUCGCGCAAGUGUGAGAAGGAGGAAAAGGCUGAGAAGCUUAAGGUCAAGAAGGCGAUCGAAAAGGGAAACAUGGAUGGUGCUAGAAUCUACGCUGAGAACUCUAUCCGCAAGCGCAACGAGCAAAUGAAUUACCUUCGACUCGCCUCCCGCCUUGACGCGGUCGUCGCGCGCCUCGAUACCCAGGCGAAGAUGCAGGUAAUUGGAAAGUCGAUGGGUUCAAUUGUCAAGUCCCUUGAUUCAGCCCUCGCCACUGGAAAUCUUCAAAAGAUGUCGGAGACGAUGGAUCAGUUCGAGCGCCAGUUCGUCAACAUGGAGGUUCAGGCUGAGUUCAUGGAGGGUGCCAUGGCUGGAUCUACCAGCCUUUCUACUCCUGAAACCGAGGUCAACAGUCUUAUGCAGCAGGUCGCCGAUGAUUACGGCCUCGAGGUAUCUGUUGGCCUGCCCCAAGCUGCGGCUCAUGCCAUUUCCUCCAACAAGGAGAAGGAGAAGGUUGAUGAGGAUGAUCUCUCCAGGCGCCUUGCUGAGCUUAAGGCCAGGGGUUAAAUGAUGAUUAUGAAUUUGCGAUGUUUUUUACAAGGUUAAUUCCAUACUGGCUUGCCUACAUGAAGACAACUAUUUGUGUUUUAUUGUUUCCUUAUGUGCAUAAUACGCGUCACGUGUUAUACAUGAAUUUCUGUUUAAUAUCCAGGUGUCGGAUGAUCUGUUACUGUAUAAUUAUCUGGUUUGACAGAAAGAUCUCUCAUCUUGGAAACGUUCAUAUGCUUUGCGUUA